GGGGCUGCUCGCAAGGACUCGUAAGCGCAGGCCCGCCGAUCCCAAAGCACUGCCUUAACUGUCUGCGAGACCGCUUGCGACUGCUGUCACCGACCUUGCAGGGCGUUGCUGAAGUAAAAAUUCAAGGUCAGGACGAGAUGAAUUUUCAAUACAUUGUUCGCAAGCGAUGCGAAGCAACGGAAAAGGCGGAAAACCAAAGAGGCGGGCGCGAGUGAGUCCUCAAAACUUCGCCAGGGAGAGGCCCUCUUGCUGAUAAAAUGAUGGAAAUUUCCUGCAGCAGCUGCUUUAUAAUAGUACAGGGCCUUCACGUCGAAGCUGGGGUUGAUUGGCGACCGAAACCUGCGUGGCGAGUUGAUAGCACUGGAUAGCAUAAGAGCCCACCAAAAGCGCGCGACGACGCGAUGGUGGAAAGUUAUUUUUCUGAAGCCUGAUGCAGCAUCAGUUCCACUCUGAGUUUGUCCGCAUUGCAGAUCUUCCAGUCUGUGCGCGCCGGGCGUGCGCGCCCUUAGUACGCGUUCGGCGGCUUCUAGUUGGAGUAUGUACUGGGGGAUUUUGGCGCCAUGGGUACCUGGGCGGCUGCGUUGGUGCUGGCGCUCAUCUUUGUGGAUUUUGCACCAUCGAUCGGUGCAGGCUUCAGGAGCGUCCAUGUGUCGGGCCAAGCAGGAGAUCCAUUAGCGGAGCUUCUUGGCGGAGCGGGCCUUAGCGAGGACAGCCCAGUUGUCAAAUCCACGUCAAACAAUGAAGGCUGGAGAUCGUUAUCCACCUCUUCAGGACGGCACAUGCUGGCGGCUGCUGCCCCUCCAUCUCCUAAGCCCCCGAGGCGACCACCGCGACCCCCCAGGCCGCCACGGCCUCCUCCUCGGCCCCCGCGGCCGCGCCCGCCACCGCGGCCACCGCGCCCGCCACGGCCGCCGCGGCCACCAGCACUGCCGAGGCCACCAACACCGCCGCGCCCACCGCCUCCAUGCUCGCCUCCGCCCCCACCGCGCCCGCCGCCGCUCCCCCCUCCGCGCCCCCCGCCUCGUCUUGUCACGCUCGGGAUGCCUGUCCUGUUGGGCACCAGAGCGCUGCCGCCACGGCCACCACCGCCACCAUCACCGCCACCACCGGACGAAGUGACUCUUCCUACCGUCACCGGCACGAUGCUCCCAGGCAGCAACUGCCCUGAUGCCGUGGGGGUGGUGGAAGCCAGCAACACAUACCGAGCCUGGCACCAGGCAGCCGCCCUGACGUGGGAUGCGACGCUCGCGGCCUCGGCACAGGCCUACGCCGACGUGUUGGCGCCGCAGCAGUGCGCUCUAGUGCAUGGGGGAGUCGCAGGCGAGAACCUGUACCGCAUGACAAGCUACCCCAAGCCGGACGGCAGCUGCCGCCGUGCCAUUGACAUGUUCUACACCGAGGUAUCCCGAUACGUCUGGACAUCCACGCCCUUCAGCAGCAACAAGGACAACGGCAUCGGCCAUUUCGCGCAGAUGGUGUGGCGAGCCUCCAAGACCCUCGGCUGUGGAGUGGGGCUGGGAGAGGUGCCGUGGCCGAGCAUGCCAGGUGGCGUGGUGGGCUGCAAGAUUGUGGUGUGUCGCUACUCAUCGGGUGCGCUGGCCAGUGACACCCUCUGGCUAACAAACGUCCUGCCACGCGUCUAGCUCUGGUUGGCUUAUCAGGCGGUGCCUUCGUCCGCACAGCAGCACCGCCUGCGGGCGUUCCUGAGGAGUUUUGCAACAUUGCCCCAACGGGCGCACUGUGUGACUGCAGCAAGAAUGCGCGUACUAUGCAUAUUCAUGGGUGUGAUCAACGCCACAGCAUUAGCGGGCUUAAGACGUGACUGCGGGAGAUCGUGAGUAUUCAUUGCCGUGCACCACUUGUGCAAAUGGCAGGCCAGCCUGCGCUUGGGAGGCAUGGCUGCGUGGCGCACUGCGUGGCACUGGUGAAGCCAAUUAAGCUUUUCAACCAGGCCCAGCCUUAAGAGUGUUAGAGCUACCCACGUGUGCGGUAGCGAGAUGAACUGCUUGAGUGCUGUAGAUGUGCAUCUUACUGGAAACGUACAGCAUCUUCAGGACCUCGGGCUUUCCCGGGGAACUUCUUUGAUGCCUUUGUUGCUGUCCGUUCAAGAGUGCGCUCCUUCUCUUGUUGAUUCUUUCUCCGAGUACUGCCAGUUGUCGGAUGAAGAAAUGGCUGAUAGUGAGGCAGGUGUCAGGGAGUGUCCCGGGACUGUCCCCAUUAGUAUGCCGGUGACAGUGCCCGGCUGUGGUGCGUGGCAGCAGGUGACCAGUGGUGGCAGUGAGGGGGUCGGCGUAAGUGCCAGGCUGCAGGUCAGCAGCCGGUCCAUGUCGUUCCAUGGGGCAGCCAACCAGCUCAGCAGCCAUUACUUAUGAGGCAGCGGCGUGUUGACAAUUAGACUUGGCUGAGUAAAUGUUUGAGGCAGGAUGCUUGUGGGUUUUGCUGCGCGUGGCCAGAACACAUACGGGUGCACACGCCCAACCGCCGGCACGCGUGUGGUCGCAUCUGAUCGCAUGGGGGCUGGGCAACGGCUCGGGAUAUUUCGUGGCACCCGGAAACUUACAUUUGAGUGUGGCAGGCUGUGUGAGAACACUGGCACUGUUGCGCAGGGCAGCAGCAGGUGUGGAUGUGUGGUCGUGUCAGCUGCGGGACCUAUGGUCCCGCCGGCUACAGUUAUAUUAUUUCGCGUCGCACGUACGAUGGUGCACGCAUGCAAGGGCCGAGUGAAUGAGACCCUUCACCCAUCACGCGUGAUGCGGCUGCACCCCAGGCGUGGACGAGGCGUCGCGGGUAUGUGUAGCUACGUUAUGAC